AUGCGCUACUUCAGAGAAGGUUUGAAUUUCAUCAGCCGUCAUCCAUCCAAACGUCUCUUUCAGCUGAACAUUGGCAUCCCUUCCUUGACAAAGUGCUGCAACCAACACGACAGGUGCUAUGAGACCUGCGGCAAAAGCAAAAACGACUGUGAUGAGGAAUUUCAAUAUUGCCUCUCCAAGAUUUGCCGAGAUGUGCAGAAAACACUAGGGCUAGCUCAGCAUGUGCAGGCAUGUGAAACCACCGUGGAGCUCUUGUUUGACAGUGUUAUACAUUUAGGCUGUAAGCCGUACCUGGACAGCCAACGAGCCGCAUGUAGGUGUCGCUACGAAGAAAAAACUGAUCUUUAA